UAAUUAAUUAACUAUGUCUUACACAAUCUCUUUAAAAUUAUAAAACAUUAUUUUCUUUUCUUUUUAGAAGUUAAUAGUAACUUAUGAAGUUCUGUAAUUUCAAGAAAACGAUUUGAUCAUAUCCGCUCCUUAAUAUUUAUUAAUUUCAGUUUAGACAGAAACAUAAAUGUUUAUCCAACCUAAAAAAAGAAAAUUACUGGUUGAUAACAACUUAGAACCAGUAUCUUAAAAUUUAUUAGAUUUUUAUACUAGGGAAGGAAUAGUAGUGUGGUUCAUAGAUAUCUUGAUAUAAAAAUAAACGGACACAUGUUUCAUCUCCAAUCAUAGAAAAAUGUUUAUUACUUCCAUAAGUUGUUAUCAACGAGUUGUUUUUUAAUUAGAUCAUUUUCUUAUUUUUUAGUGGUUAAACAAUGUUUUCAUUUAAAAAACUAAAGUUAAUACAAUUUUAAAGAGGAUAGGACUUAAUUAGUGCCUUACCCAAUAAAUAGAAACAUGUGUUUUGAUGUACAGGGUCCUGGGUUUGAUCCCAGAGUGUCAACAUGAUUUUCUCAUUGGUGGUGUCUGGUCUCUAGUGCAAGCUAGCCAUAACACCUGUCUUCUUCAUCAUUAGCCUAACCAAGAACCAUCUUUGACUCACUAACAUGUGAAAGAAGACACCACUCUCUGUUUCAUGUUAUGUUUGGGAAAUAGAAAUGGAUGAAAGGGAAAAAGGAUCUAAACUCAGAUACUCCAGACAAUGUAUGUCGCGAUUUCAUGCGCAAUGUGUGCAAUAGAGGCAAAUCUUGCAAAUUUUUUCAUCCUCCAAUAGAAGAGGAUAAGCGUAAAUAUGUGUUUUGCCAUGACUUUCAGAAUGGUAAAUGUAGCCGCCAUGAUUGCCGGUUUAUUCAUUGUUCUCGAGAGGAUGAGGAAUACUAUAAUCGAACCGGGCGCAUGGCACCGGAUGUAUUAAAUUCUUUAGAAAUGAGUGGCGCGCCUGCACAUGAUGAUAUACCAAUUUGCAAAGAUUAUUUGAAAGGCAAUUGCCAUCGCAGCCAAGCGCAUUGUAAAUUUCGUCAUGUAGAUCAACCACACGACCUACCUAUGAGAGGUCCUAAUGGUCCUUACAAUGCACCACAGCCUGCAAUGCCUCCUAACUUUGGUAAUGAGUUGUUCCGCAGGCGUUAUGAUUUUGAUGAAGAACCCGAUCCUAAGCGCAGGCGAUAUGAUUAUGACAACAGAAUGCCGCUAGGGCGCCCAUUUCCCAAUCGGGAUAUGGAUUUUUCUUCUGCACCUGGGUCUACUCAACAACAACCAUAUUGGUUGUUGCAAGAGGAAGUGGAAAUGUUGCGCAAGCGCGUAUCUGAGUUGAAAAAGCGUAAUGAGGAACUGCAGGCAACUAAUGAAUUUCUGUUGGAACAAAAUGCACAGCUGCGCAUAAAUGAACAAGCGCCCCUGCGCAGCACCCAGCAAAUGGUGAGCGCUAUACGGACUGUGACCACAGUCCCAGUCAGCUUGGCGGCGGUAGCUGCGGCCGGAACACCCGUGUCGAUAGCUACCGUCUCCAUGGCUCCGAUUCAGAUACCCCCCGUUGUAUCUGGAUCAGGCCCGCCGCCCCUGCCGCAGCCAACUAACUCGCAGCCUUUGGUAUCUUAUCCUAUUGGCAGAUCAACAUCGGCCCAACACUAUAUCCAACCUUUAUGAACAAUGAAAAUGGGAACCUUUCUAAUAGAGAUUUGACUUUAACAAAACAAAGGAUGUAUGAUUUAUAUUUCAAUAGAAACAUAUUAUAAUAUAUAUAUAUUUUUUUUUUCAUUUAAUAACUCACAUUAUUAUGGUAUUAUAUUUAAAACACUUAAGUAAAAUUGUGUGAUUUGUAAUAUUAAUUAAAAUACAUAUUUUUUGACAGCAGCAUAA